GCGCGGCAGCAGCCCAGCAUUCUGAAGAAGAGGAGUCGCCUUGUUGUUGUCGACGAGGAGGCCUGUACUUCCGUCAUUUUAUACCAGACUAUAAACACCGUGGGCCCGCUUCUGCCCGUGUGUGCGUCUGUUUGAUGCACGGUGUAUUGCUACCACUCGAGACUGUGUUGGAUAAAUCAUUCUUUGCUUUUUGCCGGAGCUUGUGGAACUUGUUUUAUUCACACGGACAGUCUGCAGCCUGGACCUCUCUCCCUAAAACAAGCAGACGUCAGAGACCUCGCCUGCUGCUGCUGCUGCUUACAUUUUUAUCUAAUCACAGCAUUGUUUUUGCGGGACUUUACACCGCUGCUACAUGCGCUAUGUAGCGAAGUGCAUGGUGUGCUGCUGGUAGCUGUUAGACGUUUAUCAGCAUUUUGGUUUUAAACACCGUGCCUUGGCGGAAAGGAGAGGAUUUCGUUUUAUUUAAGUUUAAAGUGACGAUGAAUGAGCAGGAGAGUGGGGUGGUCCCCUUCGAUGAGUAUGUGCGGCAGAAGGCCCGUACUGUACCGCAGCACAGGAUGAAGGAGUUUUUGGAGUGUCUCGCCAAAGGCCCAGAGGUGCUGCAGGAGUUCACCCAGCAGGAAGGAGCAGCCACCACCACUGCCAUGGUUUACCAGCAGCAGGAAACCAACUGUAUCUACACGGACAGUACAGAGGUGGCAGGAUCGCUCUUAGAGCUAGCUUGCCCGGUACAGGUGACCUCAGCAGAGAUUUCACCCCAAAUGCACCAUGGGUCUGAACAACAACUUCAAGUGCAGGUUCAGAUCCAGGAACAGCAGAGUCAAACAGUUGGCCAGGUUCUUCAGGUGGCCUCCCAGUCUCAGCAGGACCUGCAGGGAAUCUCCACAACCCAGCUUGUCCAGCAUGCAGAGCUCACAGAGGAGCAGCAGCAGCAGAUUCAGGCUCAGUUGGUUGCAGCUGUAGCUGGAGGACAACAAAUCCAGUUACAAGGAACGCAGCACAUUCAGCUGCCAGGGGGCCAACAAAUUCAACUCCAGGCUGGCCAGCAUAUUCAACUACAUGAUGGUCAACAUAUUCAGUUACCGGAUGGCCAACAGAUUCAACUGCAGGGUGGACAACACAUUCAGUUACAAGACGGCCAACACAUUCAAUUGCAGGGGGGACAACAAAUUCAGUUGCAGGAUGGUCAACAUAUUCAACUACAGGGUGGCCAACAAAUACAGCUACAAGGUGGCCAACAGAUCCAGAUCCAAACCAUAGAGGCCAUGUCUCCCUCUCAGCAACAGGACUCUCCCAGGGAGGAAGAGCGGAGGUCUGGCUCUGUGUCAGCUGUACUCCAACCUGCCAAGAAGCGAAAGGUGGAUGUCCCUCUAUCGGUGUCGUAUACUAUUCCACAGGGUCAGCAGGUCGCUACUGUACUAGCCAUUCCUCAGGGACAGCAGCAAAGUUACGUGUCCCUACGACCAGAUUUGCUCACUGUUGACAGUGCUCAGCUGUACAGCACUACAGGAACCAUCACGGGUCCCACAGGAGAAACCUGGACCAUACCUGUGUACUCUGCUCCACAACAGCACGGUGUAACUCACAUUGCUAUACCACAGGAUACAUACAGUACAGUGCAAGUUACCACCACCAAUGGUAAGGACAAAUCGUCCCCUAGUUCCUCCUCAAGGUCUGCGGAUGUGCAGUUGUCCUCUGCUGGGACACAGGAGGAAAUAGUACAGACCCUGUUUCCAGCGCAGUUCAUGAACGGGAAUAUUCACAUCCCUGUGGCAGUGCAGACUGUAGGAGGGACUUACAACACUACGCAGUCGGUACACAUAUGGGACCCAAAUCAACAACAGAGCCAAGGAGUAGAGGGACAAGAACAGCAGCUCCAUCUGCAGGGCCACGUACAGACGGAUGCUCAUGCUGAACCACCUACCGAGAUUCUGGUUCCCGUGUGUCUAAAGCCAGAGGAGGGUCUGGAGGUGUGGAGCCUUUGGGCAAAGAGAAAAAACGCUGAGCUAAGCAAGCAGGAAAAGGUUACGCUCGCACCCAUAGGACGUCGGCAGCCGCUGCGCUUUCAGGAGGACUUGGUGUCCAGUGCGGUUGCUGAACUAAACCUGGGUCUGUCCCUGAUGACACAUGAAGCACGUGGAUUAGAAGAUGAGCAGUUUGCACCUGAUGUUCUGUAUUAUGUUUUCUUGUGUAUGCAAAAGUAUCUUUCUGAAAACGGACGCGUGGAUGAUAUUUUCUCUGAUCCGUAUUACACACGUUUCUGUGAGUCUUUACACACCCUCCUGGAUGGUUGGAAACCCAGUGUUCAUCCGUUAGGUUACAUCAUUCCAAGUCAUGUGACAGAGGAGAUGCUGUGGGAGUGUAAACAACUUGGUGCACAUUCACCUGCCACACUGCUCACAACUCUCAUGUACUUCAAUACUAAAUAUUUCCGCCUGAUUUCACCUGCACAGCACAUGAAAGUAGCUUUCUCCAAGGUUCUGCGUCAUACGAGGAAGAACCCCACUAAUGCCAAGGACAAAGCAACCUGCAUCCGCCUUCUCAAAGCACAAAGUGCCACACAGAAAGGAACUGAUGACUUGUAUGAAGAACAGAUUGAGGAUCCAGAGAACCCACUUCGCUGUCCCAUUAAACUCUAUGACUUUUACCUCUUCAAAUGCCCUCAAAGCAUUAAAGGACGCAAUGAUGCAUAUUACAUGACUCCAGAACCCGUUGUUGCACCCAACAGCCCUAUGUGGUACUCGUCGCAACCCAUCACAAGUCAGCAAGUGGAACUCAUGCUGGCUCGCAUCAUCGUGGUCCGAGAGAUCCAGGAGAUCAUAGGUGCUGGUCCAUAGAACGUGGGUUAAACUAAAAGAACUGCUUGGACUCAUGGGAACUAGUUCUACAGUCACCGAUUGUUGACUAUGCAGUACCUGUCCUGACUCUAUAAACAUCACUGACCAUCUCAAAUAAAGUGGAUCAACUUCUGAAACAGUCAAUGUUUUUAGGAGUGUAUUGUGAACGCACUCGAGAGAUAAUCACUUUCUUUCAGCUGAUUGGGUGGACGGUUCUUGAUUGUUCUCUUGACCACAGAUGUUAAUGUUAAUUGGCAGUUAAGUGAGGUUUGUUUUCUCACUGGUGCGGGAUCAUAAUCAAUGGUUUUAGCUGUUCUCUCUCAGCUGAGCGAAGGUGUUCCAUUUUCAUGAAGAGUUCAUUCUUAAUAUACAAAGAUAUUUCUCCCUUCACUCCAUAACCUGAACCACAGCUCCUUGUCCCUCACGGUCCCACUAUGAUGCAUUGCAUUUUAAAGGGACGAGUGGGACCACUGCUAUGACUUCUUCCAUAUUGACUGCAUUUUAAUUGAUGUAUUGAUACGUUCAAAACUUAACUUGUGCCUGUUUUGGUUAUUUUUCCCCCCAAAAUGAUAUGAUUUAAGGCUGUGGAUCGUCAAGGUGAACCUCAAUUAUUCACAAGCGCACGUGCUAUAUUUGUCGUCAUACAGGCGGGUGGAAACAUGUUUCUCAGGUCAAAGCUGUCGAUUUAAAGAUCACCCGUUAAAGAUUUUUGACAACUUACUCCUGUGUACAGGUGUAUAGCAGGUCAUUAAACAGGAUGUGGAGAUGGAAA